UUCCGUUUCCGCUUCGUCUCUGGUAACGUUAGCUAUCUUGUUUUGUGUUUAUCCAUCGUUGAUAAAAAAAUAUCGUUUAUUUUGGACAAAUACUGUUUUAAAUUUUAAACAAACUGCGUUUGAUAGCGUGUAAUACUUGUUUUUUACGACAUUGGAAGUAAAUCUAGUUUUAAUGCCACUAUAGUUAGUGCUAAAACUGGUUGUGUAAAGCAACUAGCUAAGCAGCUUUUUUGCCGCAUCCGGGCGCUAUGGCGGGGAAUCCGCAGCAGCAGGCCGUGAGCAAACCUCCUUCAGGAAAACACGGCAACGUUUUACCUCUGUGGGGCAAUGAGAAGACCAUGAACCUAAACCCUAUGAUUCUCACAAACGUGUUAUCAUCUCCGUAUUUUAAGGUUCAGUUGUAUGAGCUGAAGACAUACCAUGAGGUUGUGGACGAGAUCUAUUUCAAGGUAACCCAUGCGGAGCCGUGGGAAAAAGGCAGUAGGAAGACAGCAGGGCAGACUGGAAUGUGCGGAGGGGUACGAGGUGUAGGCACAGGCGGAAUAGUCUCCACAGCUUUUUGUCUGCUGUAUAAGCUGUUCACACUAAAGUUGACCCGAAAACAGGUGAUGGGUCUCAUUACACACACAGACUCCCCGUACAUCCGAGCACUUGGCUUCAUGUAUAUACGAUACACACAACCCCCUGCGGACCUGAUCGAGUGGUUUGAACCCUUCCUAGAUGAUGAGGAGGAGCUGGAUGUGAAGGCGGGUGGUGGGUGCGUGAUGACUGUUGGUGAGAUGCUGCGCUCCUUCCUUACAAAGCUUGAAUGGUUCUCCACACUAUUUCCACGUAUUCCAGUGCCUGUGCAGAAGGCCAUCGAUCAGCAGAUGAAAAACCGACCACGCAAACCACCACAGAAAGAAGGCAAGAAAGAGGAAGAGGAGGAGGAGGAGGAGGAGGAUGGAGACUGGCACCGCUCAAGGUCCCCUAGGAGAACACCGAGCCCUCGAAGGUCCCCAAACCGCUCGCGCAGCCGCAGUCGCCAAAAGGAAAGGCGUGGAGCAAGCUUCGACCGUGAACUAGAGCGAGAGAGGGACCGUCAGCGCAAAGAUAGAGACAGAGAAAGGGACAGAGUGGAGAGAGACAGGGUUACAGACAGGGACAGAGAUCGAGAGAGGGAUCGUCGGCAUUCCCGAACCCCAGAUCGAGCCUCAGAGCACAAAAGAAGCAGAGAAAAGAGGAGUGAGAGAAAGGAGAGAGAGAAAGAGCGUGAUGGAGAGAGUGAAAGAGACCGGAGCCGUUGGAAGGAGAGGGAGUACAAGGAGCGCACCAGUGGUGGUGAGCGAGAAAGGGAGCGCUCAAAAGAUAAAAGGGCAAAAGGAGAAGGAGAUGAACGGCGUCACAAGGAUGAUCGAGAGGAAAAGAGGCAUAGAGAGGAGCGUAAGAGCAAGCGUUCAAGCCAAAGCAGGAGUAGAGAGAGGAAGCACAAAAGUGAGCGCUCAAGUAGGAAGCAUUCCCGGUCACGCUCCAGGAGUCGUCAGGAACCAGAGGAGAAGAGCAGGAAGCACGAGUCCAGCCACAGCAAAGAGCAUGUGCACAAACACAGUCACAGCCGUGAACGCAGUUACCGCAGGGAUGACAGCAACGGGAAAGACCUUGCGAAAACGGACAUUGAAGCGACUCCAUGAGCUUACUUUCCUCACACUUAUGUUUUCUGUAUUGUCUUGGGACCUUGUCAUGCCACCACCACAUUUGUCUUACUAGGUCACUUGUUGUAGAUCACAUGCAACCUUUUCUCUUCCAUUACACGUUAUGCCAUUGUGGACAUAAAAGGAAAAUGCUUUUUAAAAUUCUUUUGUUUUGAGGAUACCUUCUCGAAUGUUUGUACAUAUAAUCCAAGAGAAUGUUUUAAAUCAUACAGAUAAACAUGUGCUGAGUGAAACUGGCAGCGCAACAACAGCAUAGACCUGCUGAAAAUGUGCUGUGUUGCAUCUUGUUUCUUAAUAAAAAUCUUGUAUGAAAAGAA